AUGGUGGUAGGAGACCCAAAUAAACUGCCAGAUGGCAGAGGCCAACUGCGUCGACACUCCAGGGCCCCUCGUCCAGACCGGGCUCCUCGUCCAGAACAUGGACCACCAAGGAAGUCCCGCAAGAAGCUCCAAGUUAUCAUCUGUGUCCUGCUUGUGGAGCUGUGUGAGAGAUUCACUUUCUUUGGGAUUGUAUGCAACACCAUUCUCUUCUGCACGGUGAAGCUGGGAUAUGAUAACUACCUGGCUGCGACCGUCAACCUGUGCUUCAUAGGAGCUAGCACCCUGACCCCGGUUCUGGUUGGCUGGUUUGCAGAGACCUGCCUGGGGAGGUCCAAGGUGCUCUACAUAUGUGCCUUCCUACAUUUCUUUGGCACAGCCAUGCUGCCUGUGGUGGCAUUCCCCUUCGAAGAUUUCUACAUUGACACUCACCACAUGACGCACCAGCUGGAACGUCGGGAGCAGCAGAUCUUGUUCUACACCGGCCUCCUGGCUGCUGCUCUGGGCAUCGGAGGCAUCCGGGCCAUCCUCUGUCCAAUGGGAGCGUACAGCCUGCAGUGCUACAACCAGCACCAGCUCCUGUCCUUCUUCAACUGGUUCUACUGGUUGGUCAACCUGAAUUCCACUGUGGUGUUUCUGGGCAUCGCUUACAUCCAGCAGUCUGUGGCCAAAAAUCUGGGCUUCCUUAUCCCCUUCACCUCUGUGCUGCUGGCUCUAAUCGCCAUACACAUGAUGCGGAACAAUCUCACCUACAAACCCAAGAAAGGUGGAUCAUUAUUGACCACACUGGGAGUUUUCUUGAACUCCCUCAAGAUGUGCUGCCUCCACUACCGUCACCUGAGCGGAGAUGUGGGAUCUUGGCUGGACCGGGCCAAGGAGAACAAUGGCGGCCGUUACAGCGAGACGCAUGUAGAGAACGUCAAAGUCCUGGCCAAGCUCUUCCCUCUGUAUGGCCUUCAGCUGCUUUACAGAGCCUGCAUCACACAGAUUCCCUCAGGGUACUACAUACAGACCAUGAACUCAAACCUUCACCUGACCAGCCACCUGUUGCCCAUCGGUGGCAUGAAUGUGAUCAGUAUCAUCCCUCUGCUGCUCUUGGCCCCCCUCAUAGAGUGUGUGACCACUUACUACCUCUCUGCGGAAAAAGCUCCUCUGGCACCUGCAAAAGUCAUCACUCUGGGCCAUGCAUGUGCCACUCUGUCGGUGUUGGUGGCAGGUUUGUCUGAGCUGCAUCGGAGGUCCUACCCUCUGGUGGAGCAGACCCUCUCUGGGAAAGUUCUGCAGGUGUCGUCCAUGCCGUGUUUCCAUCUGGCUCCUCAGUACAUCCUGCUAGGUCUUGCAGAGGCUCUCGUCACCCCUGCAUGCUCCCUAAUAUCUUUCCAGCUGACCCCAAGCCACAUCAGAGGGAUCUCCUUACAUUUCCUCACUCUGUCCUAUGGAGGGGGCUGCUUCCUGGCAGCCUUAAUCGUUCAGCUGGUGUACUUUGUCUCUGGAGGUAACUUUUACCCAGACGCACUGCAUGAUGGGAACCUUGAGAGAUUCUUCUUCCUCCUGGCCUCACUGAUGGCGGUUAAUACCCUUGUGUUUUGGCGUGUAUCUAAAAGGUAUAUAGACCUGAGUGUGCGGGGUAAAGCCCUGACAGUCAGCCCUCUGGCUGAGAAGCUGCUGCACUACAAGGCCUGCCUGCGCUUCUACGACACGGUGGACCGCUCCUACACAACCGCCUCCAUCGAAUCUAUUUUAUGAAUAUCUUAAAUAUUAUCUUUGCUGUUAGUGGCGCUGGCGCUGCAUUUUACUAUGUCAGAGUCUGUGACUUUUCAAGCCAAAGUGUAUAAAUAAGGUAAAUGUACAUAUGUUUGUUGUCCCUUGCUGUGAAUGCUGACCGUUAUUUGAGUGUGGCCUGU